AUGGAGGGUUACCGCAAGUGCAACAACUGUGGCAAGGAGGGCCACUUUGGGAAGGACUGUCCCACCCUUGCUAGGGCAGCGACACACCCUCCAUGUGAACUGGUAGUAUCUACUCCGACGUCGGGUUUGGUUAGGACAUCGUCCUUGUGUGCUAGGUGUCCAGUGGAGGUAGAGGGACGCAAGUACAAAGUGAAUCUGAUCUGCCUACCUCUAAAGGAGCUGGAGAUGAUCUUGGAAAUGGAUUGGCUCUCUGCCAAUAGCAUUCUUAUAAAUUGCCGAGAGAAGAGGCUGCUUUAUCCCGACUUAGAGGAGCCUGAGUUGUUAACAUCAAAAGGGGUUGUGAAGGAACUACAAAAGGGCGCACAGUGUUACAUAAUCUUCACACAUCUUGAGGUGGAGAAAAAGGCGGGGGCGUCAGUUAUACCGGGGGUGCAUGAGUUUGAGGAUGUAUUCCUGGAGGAGGUGGAGUUCUCUAUUAACCUGCUACCAGGAACAGGUCCGGUGUCGAUGGCUCUAUACUGGAUGGCUCCGGCAGAGUUGGUGGAGCUUAAGAAUCAAAUAGAAGAAUUAAUAGGGAAGCAGUUCAUCUGA